GACGCGGCGUCGCGCCCCCGGGAGCUGCGCGGGGCGAGCGGCCGCGCCUGCUUUGUGCUCAGCGCUGACUGACGCUCCCAGGCCGGCCGGCGCGCGCCGCGCGGUUGGGGCGCCCGAAGCGGGGAGGAUUGGCGGCGAGGCGCCGGCCCCAGCAUGUCGCUGCCCCCGGAGAAAGCCUCCGAGCUGAAGCAGCUCAUCCACCAGCAGCUGAGCAAGAUGGAUGUCCAUGGCAGAAUAAGAGAAAUCCUUGCUGAGACAAUACGUGAAGAAUUGGCACCUGAUCAACAGCAGUUAUCCACAGAAGAUUUGAUUAAAGCCCUUAGACGUCGGGGAAUCAUUGAUGAUGUGAUGAAAGAACUUAAUUUUGUUACUGACAAUGUUGAUCAAGAACUCCCUUCCUCUCCAAAACAACCUGUUUGUUUUACUGACAGACAAUCGACAUUGUUAAAAAAAACUAAUAUUGAUCCAACACGGAGGUAUCUUUACCUUCAGGUUUUGGGUGGAAAAGCUUUCUUGGAACAUCUGCAAGAACCUGAGCCUUUACCGGGACAAGUUUGUUCAACCUUUACUUUAUGUUUACAUUUUCGAAACCAACGUUUUCGUUCUAAACCUGUUCCGUGUGCCUGUGAACCAGAUUUUCACGAUGGGUUUUUACUUGAAGUACACAGAGAAAGCUUAGGUGAUGGAACUAGAAUGGCUGAUUCAACGACAAUGUUAUCAAUAAGUGAUCCAAUUCAUAUGGUGCUAAUCAAAACAGACAUAUUUGGUGAGACCACUUUAGUAGCAUCCUAUUUUCUCGAAUGGCGGUCCGUUUUAGGCUCAGAAAAUGGAGUGACCAAUCUUACCGUGGAACUUAUGGGUGUAGGCACAGAAUCAAAAGUUGCUGUGGGAAUUUUAAAUAUAAAACUUGAGAUGUACCCAGCACUCAAUCAAACCUUAUCUCAAGAAGUAGUAAACACGCAGCUUGCUUUGGAACGUCAGAAAACUGCAGAGAAAGAGCGAUUAUUUCUUGUAUAUGCUAAGCAGUGGUGGAGAGAAUAUUUACAAAUUCGACCCUCACACAGCUCCCGGCUGGUUAAGAUUUUUGCACAGGAUGAAAAUGGGAUAAAUAGACCAGUCUGCUCCUAUGUUAAACCACUUCGAGCUGGGAGGCUUCUGGAUACUCCAAGGCAAGCUGCAAGAUUUGUUAAUGUCCUUGGUUAUGAAAGAGCCCCUGUUAUUGGAGGAGGAGGUAAACAGGAACAGUGGUGCACACUCCUGGCCUUUCUCUGUAGAAACAAGGGUGACUGUGAAGAUCAUGCUAACCUUCUGUGCAGCCUCCUUCUUGGAUAUGGAUUAGAAGCCUUUGUCUGUGUUGGGACUAAGGCAAAAGGAGUACCUCAUGCAUGGGUUAUGACUUGUGGAACUGAUGGAACCAUCACUUUUUGGGAGAGUUUAACAGGACACAGGUACAUCCACAAAUCUACCAAUCCUGAUGAACCUCCAGUUGCCGAACAACCCAAACCAUUGUACCCAUAUCGAACAGUUGGUUGUGUUUUCAAUCAUCAGAUGUUCCUGGGAAAUUGUCAGCCCUCUGACUCAGUAGAAGUCUGUGUAUUUGAUUUGAAUGAUGAGUCCAAAUGGAAACCCAUGAGUGAAGAAGCGAUUAAAUCUGUAUGUGCUCCAGGAGCAACAACAUCCCUUCCUCCCUUUCCACCUCUAUGUGCAUCCACAAUUGAUGCUUCAGUAACAAGUAAUGAAAUAGAAAUGCAGCUAAGGCUACUAGUGUCAGAACACAGGAAGGAUCUUGGCCUCACUACUGUUUGGGAAGACCAGCUUUCCUAUCUCUUAUCACCAGCUUUGGCUUCUUAUGAAUUUGAACGUACGACAAGUAUAUCUGCAGGCAAUGAAGAAUUUCAAGAUGCCAUAAGGAGAGCUGUACCUGAUGGUCACACGUUUAAAGGGUUCCCAAUACAUUUUGUGUAUAGAAAUGCAAGGCGUGCAUUUGCUACCUGUCUUCGGUCUCCUUUUUGUGAAGAAAUAAUCUGUUGCCGCGGAGACCAGGUGCGACUGGCAGUUCGUGUCCGAGUAUUUACUUACCCUGAAUCUGCAUGUGCUGUUUGGAUCAUGUUUGCUUGUAAAUAUCGCUCAGUAUUAUAGGACUAACAUUUCUAUAAGAAUAUACCUGUUUAAUUGGAAUUUUACGCAUUGUACAUCACUAGCUGUUUAGAGGUUCAUUAUUUUAAAAAUCGCAAUCUGGCUUAGAUGUCAUAUUUCACUUUUGUAUAUACCUGACUCAUAAUGUUUGAAAGAAAUCAUGAUGUGUGUAUUUAAAAAUUAAGCAUGAAAAACUUGUAUAAAUCUGAAUGGAAUUUAGUGUAAAUUGUGUAUAUUCUAUUUUAAUAAAUACUGCUUUGUUUAUAGGUAUUCAGUAGUUUAAGUAUGAAUAUUAAAUUUACUCAGUUUUCCUUACAUUAACAGGUAAUCAGAAAUAUAUUUGUCUAAGGGUUUGAGGUAUAGUAAAAUCAAUAUGAUCAUUGUUUUUCAUAGAUUAAUGGGAUUAUUUUAUAUGAAUUAGAAGGAAUUAACCUCACAACAGAUUUAUUUGUUAAAUAGGCGAAAAUAUAUUUUGAUGAAUUAUCGCUUUCGUCGUUUACCCAUGGAUAAGGAUAUUCGUGACUUCAGAGAUUUAUGGGAAGACUUUGAUGUAAGGGUAUGAAAAAAACUAGUACCAGAAAAGCAUAAAUAUUGAUAAGAAAAAAAACCUCACAUGAAGGUACACAAAUAUGUUAUUUUGAUUCAUUAUAAAAAUAAAUUGGGUCUUUUAGAAAAAAAAGAUGAUACCCUUUUGUUUUUAUACUGAUAAAUUGUUUUCUAUAAUUAAUAUUGCCAGUCUGUUGCUGAUUUUCUGUGGCCAAAGGAUUCAUUUUUAGCCUCUUCAUGGAUUCCAUAUUCUGAAUCCACAUUUUUUUCUUUCCUCUUUUCAUUGUGAUAAAAACAUCAGUGUAUAUGUAACUAAUCUAAAUCAGAGAAUCAUCAUGUGAGACCACUGAAAAGUAAGCAUAUGUGAGUGACUCCGUGCUGAUGUUUGUUUUAAAAUUGAGCAGGGUUUUAAAAGUUAGUUUUAAAAGUGAGCAGCAGUGAGCAUUAAAAAGACUAUAGCAGUUUGACUUUUUGUAAGAAGCUGCAUGAUGUAAGUGAUAAGUUUGAGCAUCCAUUCAGCAUCUCUGUGCACAGUGCUUAAUUCAGUUGCUUCUUAUGAAACUGGUCUUAAGAAAGUAACUGUAUACCAGUUGGCUGUGCAAGUUAUUCCUUUCAUUACUUUAAUUUACCAUUGCAAAUAAAAUGACUUGAUGUUUCUUGAAAAUUAAAAUCUAAAGCUAUCCUAAAAUUUAUUUAUUUUUUUUACGUAUGAAAAAUAUUUAUGGUUUAAUUUGUUUAAAAAGUCUGAAAAUAUCCCUCUUCUUUCAGUUUUCAUUGAAAAUGAUAAUCAGAUGUUUCUUGUGAGACUGACAUGACUAGAGAAUUAGCAAAAUAAGAAUUAAGACGUUUUUACUCUGUUGCCAAAAUUACUCAUAAAGUUAUCAACAAGAAAAUUGCUUGUAAUUUUCAGCUUUUGGAACAGACUAUUUAUGAGGCACAUACUAAGAGGCAGACUAUAUUAAGAUCAAGGCUGUGUUACCAUUGAGGCUGGGCUUCCUGCCUUACUGUACCAGAGUAACACAUGUAUUUAUAAUGGGCCUUUGGUAUGAAUUCUAAAAUAAAUUUCCUCUUUAUGCACUUUAAUAGAGUCUGGCAUGAAUUAAUAUUUUUCUCUAAAGAUGAUUUAUUUCAAGAUUAGUGCAUUUAUCACUAGAAUUCUGCUACUCUUACCAAUAAGUUUUCUUUUUAAAAAUUAAACUUACCUUGUAUAUUUAGCUCUGUCAUAAAAGUUGUUUUUCUAUUAAAAACAUAAAAUUAA